UCUGUGAUAUAACCUAAGAUCAAUAAACACUAAACACUAAUAAAAAAUGUUCAAAUAUUUAAAAAAUAUUAAUUUUCAUGGAAUGAUGUUUGGUGCUUUUUUCCCCUUCUCAUCCACAAAUGAUUUCGAUAAAGUCGAUAUUGGGCUAGACACAUUGAAAGAAAAUUCCUCUGAUGGAUGGACAAGAUUGCGUAAAAUGUUUCAGAUCGACGAAUUUGGAGAAGUUAGUGAUGAAGUUACUAUAAUUGGUCAAACAGCUAUGAUAAGUAGUUUUGUGGGCUUAGUUUAUGGUGGUGUUAUGAACAGUAGCACUGCUUACACAGAUUUCUUGAGGCAAAAUACUGCUUCUACAUUUACUUCUCAUUUUGAAGCAAAAAGAAAACUUCAAGAUGCUGUCACUAAAAGUUUUGCUAAAGGUGCUUGGAAAUGGGGUUGGAGAAUCUGCUUUUUUUCAACAUCUUUUGUAGGACUUUCUACUACCAUUUCAGUUUAUAGAGGAGAAAGUGGUAUUUGUGAAUAUGCUCUAGGAGGAGCUAUCACAGGUGCUUUAUAUAAAUGGCAAAUGGGACCAAGAGGUUGGAUUGUUGGAGGUGCACUUGGUGGAAUAUUAGGUCUUUUCUCAGGGUCACUUUCUUAUGGAUUGUUGAAACUUUCUGGCAAGUCAAUGAGUGAGCUGAGGAAAUAUCAAGCUGGAAUAGGUGAUUAUAGAAGAGAUUUGAUAAGAGAAGGAAUGAAACGAAAAGAAGAAGAUGAAGACCAUCUACUUUUGAUGGUUAAACCUUCAGGAGGAACGGAAAAAUAAAAUAUUAAUUAAAACCCUGUAAUUUAAAAUAAACUUUGUAAAUAUUUACCACCGUUUA